UGAUCGUCUCCAUGGCACUUAGGCUAUAUUAAACUCUUUCAAUCUCUCAAGACAGAAAAAAAGAAAUAUUAUUUUUACGAGUGUACAAAUAUUUCCAUAUGCAUAUUUCUUGCAGAAGAAUUAACACUACCAGUAGGGUACCGGAAACGGUGGUGUGGUAUUUAACUAAUCAUGGCAUCGAGUUGUACCGAAAGUCCUGCUCUUCAAAGCGAUUCCAGUGAGCGGACCUGCUUCAUGGAGAAAUUAAUGGCGAAAAUAUUUAGCUUCUACGACGAACAGUCUCUAAUCGAUGUGACAUUUAAAGUUUCGAACCCAACGGCUCUUGUACCCGCGCAUCGUUUGGUACUCGCAGCAGCGAGUCCUUACUUCGAGAACCUUUUCAAUGGCGCUCAAGGCACUAAUCCUGUCAUAGAGAUAAAUGAUAUCGAUAGCGAUAUUUUUGAGCGUCUAAUAACAUUUUGUUACACCGGUCAGACCCUCAUUACCGUUAACAAUGUCAGUGACAUGCUAAAGGCGGCAAUCGUUUUGCAAUUGGACGAUGCCAUAACCUCUUGUGUGGACUACCUCAUGGCACACAUUAAUGAAUACACUAUACAGGGCGUUUAUACGCUAGAGCGUGAAACGCAGUGCGAACUUUUUAAGCAGAAAAUCAUUGAAAAUGAAACACAGAAUUUCGUGGAGAUCAGCCAAAGCGAUGAGUUUCUGAAUUUUGAUUUUGAAAAAAUGCAACGUAUUCUGGAAUCUGACAAUUUGAAUAUAACUCGUGAGGAAGAUGCCUUCGAUGCCAUAAAACGCUGGUUCAAUUUUGAUGUUGCUGCGCGUCAAGAACAACUGCCACUUUUAAUAGCUUGUCUCCGACUUACCCAAUUCGAUGCGGACUUUCUGUUGACUCACAUACAACCACUACCCGGCUGCGAGCUGCUGGCCUUUAAGGCGUUAUCUUGGAUCAUUAAGCCGGAAGCACGAACAAAGAUAAAUAUGCGGUUUACAGGACCACGUAGGGUCGAGGCGUUUCCGUUUUUCAGAGAGCCUCAAACACAGCCAACCAUAAAUAUGCAAGUUAAAGGACCACGUGGGGUCGAGGCGUUUUCGUUUGUCAGAGAGCCUGAAGUACGGCGAAAGAUAAAUACGCAAAUUAAGGGACCAAGUGGGGUCGAGGCGGUUUCGUUGAUCAGAGAGCCUGAAGCACAACCAAAGAUAAAUAUGCAAAUUAAAGGACCACGUGGGGUCAAUGCUGCAAGUUGUGGUGAGAAAACAUUGCUGGCAUUGUGCUCAAAGACUAAUCCCAAGCUGCUGCAAUAUAAAAAACUGAGGAUAAGUGGCAGGAAUAUGCGAGUAUAGAAAUCGAUUACCAAUGAUAUAGAACUAUCUUAAAGGAUGAUAAUUUGUUAUUUGUUGGCGGUUAUAAAACUGGUGCCACAUUAAACAUCGUCCGCAGCUGGAACAUAAGGAAUAAGGCAUGGCAAAGUUUGCCCGCCAAGAAACAAUCAAGAUUCAAACACUGCGUUGUCGAAUUAGAUGGUAAAAUCUACGCGAUUGGUGGUCAUGAUAUUAAAACGGUUCUGUCGUCAGUGGAAAGAUAUACGACUUCCGCUGGUUGGGAGUUCGCGAAAAGCUUGAAUGUCGCUCGAUAUGACGCAGGUGCAGUAACUUUGAAUGGUAAAAUAUACA